UGGGCACCCGCAUCAGGUCAUUUGGCUCGCCAGCGGGCAGUGGCAAGGCAGUGGGGCACCGAGUCACCAGGUACGACAGCGGGCUCCGAGUCCAUUGGCACGACAGCGGGCACCGGAUCAGGUACCGGAUCAUCUGGAUCAACAGCGGGCAUCGAGUCAACUGGCCUAAUAGGAUCGUCAGGCUGGAUCAGUUCAUCAUGCUGGAGCAUCAGGCCGAGAGGCUUCAGGCCGAGUAGAGGCUUCAGGCCGAGUAGAGGCUUCAGGCCGAGUAGAGGCAUCAGGCCGAGUACAGGCAUCAGCCGAGUACAGGCAUCAGGCCGAGUAGAGGAUUCAGGCCGAGUAGAGGCUUCAGGCUGA